AUGGCCGUGAUGAAUGGCCUCCAGGUGCAGUGCGUGCACCGACUGCGCGUCAGCUGGGCUGGUUUGCAGGCGCGACGAGAGCGCACAUGCCUCAAACGCCUAGCCGAUAUGUUGAGUCCGGAAGAUAACUACGGCCGUCUACGCGUCAUUAUUAGUGACAACCGGCUCCCCUGCAUUCCUUAUCUGGGUGCGCUUGUUCUGCAAACUUUUAAUAUUCUUGUCGUGGUUGUGAUCGUGUUAUUAUUUUCAAAAUAUUGUUCUAUUUUUAUCGCUAUCAUAAUCUAG